CCUUGCGGCGUCUCUGCUGCUUCCGCCUUCCCGGCAGCCCCUGCGCGCGCCUGCGCGCUCGGUGACCUUUCCGAGUUGGCUGCAGAGUUGUGGUGCGUUCUGAGCUGUCUGUCCUGCGCCAAGAUGCUUCAAAGUAUUAUUAAAAACAUAUGGAUCCCCAUGAAGCCCUACUACACCAAAGUUUACCAGGAGAUUUGGAUAGGAAUGGGGCUGAUGGGCUUCAUCGUUUAUAAAAUCCGGGCUGCUGAUAAAAGAAGUAAGGCUUUGAAAGCUUCAGCGCCUGCUCCUGGUCAUCACUAACCAGAUUUACUUGGAGUACAUGUGAAAGAAAACGUCAGUCUGCCUGUAAAUUUCAGCAAGCCGUGUUAGAUGGGGAGCGUGGAACGUCACUGUACGCUUGUAUAAGUACCGUUUACUUCAUGGCAUGAAUAAAUGGAUCUGUGAGGUGCA